AUGGCAGAGGGAAUGUUCUAUAAUGCGACCAACGGCUACGUCGAGGGCAUCGUACGUGGCUACAGAAGCGCCCUCCUCUCUGGCCAGAACUACGGAAACCUGACACAAUGCGAGAAUAUCGACGAUGUCAAGCUACAACUCGGCCCAGCAUAUGGCGACUAUCUCGCAGCGCUCCCUCCCAACCCAUCUACCUCCGCCCUCGCCGACAAGACGCUCGACAAGCUGGUAGCUGAGUUCAGAUAUCUCCAGGCGAAUGCGACUGGGAGCCUGGCCAAGUUCAUGGAGUACCUCACCUACGCCUACAUGAUCGACAACGUGGCCCUCCUCAUCACUGGUACCCUGCACGAGCGCGACACGAAGGAGCUUUUAGAGCGAUGUCAUCCGCUAGGAUGGUUUGAGACGAUGCCCGUCCUCUGCGUUGCGACCAAUAUUGAAGAGCUGUACAACUCAGUCCUUAUUGAGACACCUUUGGCACCAUACUUCAAAGGCUCAAUAAGCCACCAUGAUCUCGACGAGCUGAACAUCGAAAUCAUCCGAAACACCCUAUACAAGAACUACCUCGAAGACUUCCACCGAUUCGUGAACGAAGAGCCAGGAAUCAAGGGCACACCGACACAGACUGUCAUGAGCGAGGUUCUAGAAUUCGAGGCGGAUCGGAGAAGUAUCAACAUCACCAUCAACUCUUUUGGCACGGAGCUCUCCAAGCAAGAUCGCAAGAAGCUGUACCCCAACUUCGGCCGUCUGCAUCCAGAAGGUACUCUUAUGCUGUCACGAGCGGAUGAUGUCGAGGGUGUGAGGAUAGCGGUGGAUGGCGUGCAUGACUACAGGACGAUGCUCGACCAGACGGGCAUGGGUGGCGGCGGUCUAGGCAACCAGUCUGGCGGCAUUGGAGGUGACGAGGGCAAGAGCUUGGAGGACCUCUUCUACCAGAAGGAAAUGGAGAUCUGCAAGCUGGCGUUUACAUACCAGUUCACGCACGCGGUCGUGUAUGCGUGGGUGAAGCUGAGGGAGCAGGAAAUCCGAAACAUCACCUGGAUAUCAGAAUGCAUCGCGCAGAACCAGAAAGACCGCGUCAACAACUUCAUCAGCGUGUUUUGA